UGGAGCACUGUGGGGAGGGAGAGGGAGCCGGCGCUCUCCAACUUCCUGCCUCCCCAGGCGAUUGUGAGCUGCGGCUGCCGGGACAGGCCCACCUGGGACAGGAAGGGCCCCGCUCACAAUGGGGGCAGCGCAGCAGGAAAGGCAGCUGGGUCUCCGGCCAGGACGGACACCUGUUGGCAUCCCACAUCUGCUUCCGUCCAUCCUGAUGCUGGGAAACCCACGAUGUCCACCCUGAAGCUCUCAGGCUAGGAAUCUGCCUUGGGAUGCGCCGCUGUCCCCUUUAAACCUGGCUGCCCUAGCCCAGAAUGGCUUUGUGCCUCAGCCAAGUUUUCAACAAAGACAAAACCUUUCGCCCCCGUAAGAAAUUCGAGCCUGGCACCCAGCGGUUUGAGCUGUACAAGAAAGCCCAGGCCUCUCUCAAAUCUGGGCUGGAUCUGAAGACUGUGGUCCAAUUGCCACCUGGGGAGAAUAUCAAUGACUGGAUAGCGGUGCACGUGGUUGACUUCUUCAACAGGAUAAACCUUAUCUAUGGGACGAUGUCGGAGUUCUGCACCGAAAAGAGCUGCCCCAUCAUGUCCGGUGGGCUCAAAUACGAAUACAGGUGGCAGGAUGAUCACAAAUACAAGAAGCCGACCAAGCUAUCGGCACCCCAGUACAUGUGUAUGCUGAUGGAAUGGAUCGAGAUGCUCAUUAACAAUGAAGACAUUUUUCCUACCAGGAUCGGAGUCCCCUUCCCCAAGAACUUCCAGCAGGUGUGCACCAAGAUCCUCACCCGCCUCUUCCGAGUCUUCGUCCACGUCUACAUCCAUCAUUUCGAUAGUAUCAUCAGCAUGGGCGCCGAGGCCCAUGUCAACACCUGCUACAAGCACUUUUACUACUUCAUCAAAGAGUUCAGCCUCAUUGACCACCGGGAGCUGGAGCCUUUGGUAUCUAGUUGUGUCCAGUCUUGUGCCCAGCUGUCAAACCCUUUUUCUCUCCCCAGGGAGUUGGGAUCAGAACUACACCCAUCUACAGGAAAUUCUCCCACCAAAUCCGAACAAGCAGCCCUGUCCUAUGUGCUCCUCAAUCCUCCAUUCACAGGUGUCAUCCUGGUGGAAACUACGGAGCACUCCAAGGAAAGAAAUGACAGAGAGAAUUUGCCACUGAGCCAAUUUCUCCCGAGAAGUCCUUCUGUCUCCCUCGGAGCCCACUUGCAAUGGGAUGGAAACGCGGAAUGCUGGACAAUCUGACUCUGAGGUCUUGCUGUGGAGAUUUGAAAUGCACAAAAAUAUGAGUACUGCUUAAGAGCCUUAAUGUGCCAGGGAACAGUGUUUAUAUUAUCCCAGUCUUUGUUACAUGGAUACUUUAUUUUUAGAAACCAUUGGCCAGAACUGGGAUAGGACAAGUGUGUGUGUGUGUGCAUGUGCAUGUGUGGGAUUAAAUACAUAUCUGCAGAUUUCAUGCUCAUCCCCUCGAGCCCUGAUCACCUGCUUCUUUAUUCCCUCUCAAGGCCAUCCCCUACACACCUGGUUUGGCUCUCCUUUAAUUAUGGCACUGAUGGCUGGAGGGUGAAAUCCCUAGCUAAAUGCUCCAAUGAUCACAUCUCCUCACUGAAUUGCGGCCCCCUCUGUGUCAGCCAGGCGAAGGGAAGCUGAGGAAUGAGGACGCGCAUAAUGACUAGCACCAAGAAAACUGAUUUCUUCUGUGAUCUCCAAAGGUCAAAUGGAGGUGCUCAUUAUCUGAAUGCAGAGCCAGGGGUCUAACCCCAGUUCUUGUGGAUUUCUUUAGUUCGGCUGUGGAACUUGUGCUUAAUUAAAACUCCUGGGACCCUGUCUGACAUUCCAGUGAAGUCAGUAGUGUUACACCAGGGAUGAAUUUCACCCACGCACAUCCUGGUAUGUCCAGUGAUGGGUCACUGAGAGCUCUUCCUUCCAAACUCGGAAGGUUGGCUACAAAAACAACCGUGUUACAGGGCUGGGUGAAGUUCAGCUGAUGUGGUUUGCAGUAGGGAAGAUGAGGGGGAUUGUGGGAACCAGAGUCAAUCGACUAGAGCUGGUCAAAACUGACAGUUGACACAAUUUUUCACCGAACAAUGGCUUCUUCCUCAAAAUGAAAAUUUCCAUGGGAAUGAUUCCCCCCCUCCCUACACCAGUAUCCAAAAACUGAAACACUUUGGCCAAAUUCCCCCAUAUCUUCAGUUUUCAACUGAGGAUUUUUCAGUUUGUUGUCUCUGUAAUCUAGCAGAGGUGUAACAAGAUCCAGCGACUGGAAGUUGAUGCAGGACAUGUUCAGACUGCAAAGAAAGUGUAUAUGUUUAACGGUGAGCAUCAUUAGCCAUUGGACCGGCUUCCUAAGGGUCGUGGUUUGUUCUACAUCACUGGCAAUUCUAAAUCAAGAUCAGAUGUCUUCCUA